AUGGAGAAGUGGAAAAUUCUAAAAAAACGUCGCUCCAGUCUUUUUGCAUCUGUAAAACGCGAUGCGAGUUUCACGCACAGCAUCGAAGAGGAGGAGAGUGAAUUCCCCUUUUCACAGGACAGCUCAGUAAAACCAUGGACAUCUAUGGACAACCUUGACACUCCUGGUGACAGAAAAGAGGUGAAAAAAGAUGAGAAGAAGGAUGCACCAAACCCCUGGCAAUCAAACAUUGUCAACCUAAAUGUGGGCGGAAAGGUGUUUCACAUCCCUAAACACUUGGUCCUCCGAUACCCAAAGACCAGGAUCGGAGUCCUUGCUCUGUGCAAUGAUCCAGUUAAGCGUCUGACGCUCUGUGACGAUUAUAAUGUUCAGAGCAACGAGUUCUUCUUUGACAGGGACCCCAUGUUUUUCCAUUACAUAUUUCACUUUUACUGCAGUAAUGUUCUGUGGGUGAUGGAUAGCCUGUGUCCUGUCAACUUUGAGGAAGAGAUCUCAUUCUGGGGGCUCAAACUGAAGGAUACUCCAAGGUGCUGCCGCAUUCUGUUUGAGGAGAAAUUGGACGACAUCAGAGAACACCUGAAGGUUAACCAGGAGCUCAUUGAUGAGAUUAAACCUCACCAUGAUGACGAGGGCUACAAGACCAUGUUUCUUGGAGACUUUCGUAAAGCACUUUGGGACUUGAUGGAGAAUCCUUACUCCUCACUGUCAGCCAAAGCCUUUGCAGUGUUUUCCAGUCUCUUUGUGCUUAUCUCUAUCGUUGCCAUGACUCUGAAUACAGUCCAAGAACUUAGGCAGUACAAACUUGCAGGCAAAACCUACAUGGAGUGGGUGGAGGUUAGUUCUAUCCUUUUCUUCACGUUGGAGUACUUUCUGCGACUACUCACCACAUCAAACAUCAAGCAUUUUGUGAAGAGCGCCCUCAACUUUGUCGAUUUGGUAGCCGUCAUGCCCUACUUCCUCCAGAUCAUUUUUGAGACUUUUGUGUUAGACUCUGAAGACAUCAGUGCUCAGGAGGAUUUGAAGGCCAUGUCGAGAGUCAGCAAAGUCAGCAAGGUGCUCAAAGUGGUCAAGCUCAUGCGCAUCUUCCGUAUCUUGAAGCUUGCCCGUCACUCCACCGGCAUGAGGGCCUUUGGCUUCACCAUCCGCCAGUGCUCUGAGCAGGUGUGCUGUCUGUUUCUCUUCAUCGCCAUGGGCAUCUUCACCUUCUCUGCUCUGAUGCAUUCUGUGGAGGUGGAUCAGCCCGGGACACCUUUCAGCAGCAUACCAGAUGCCUGGUGGUGGGCUGCGGUCAGCAUCUCUACUGUGGGCUAUGGAGAUGUUGUCCCCAUCUCCUACCUCGGCCGCUGUGUGGCAUUCGGCUGUAUCUCCUUUGGCAUCAUCCUUAACGGCAUGCCCAUCUCCAUUCUGUUCAACAAGUUCUCCGACUACUAUGCCAAACUGAAGGAGCAGGAAUUCAACUUUUCCAACACAGUGCGCACCUUCCAGCUCAAAAAACGUCUCAGGCGUAAGUUUGACAGCUGCUUCGAACCCCAGCCGGAGGACUCGGAUGAUGAGAUACACUAUCGGCCCAGCGGCAGGCAAUUUACCCACGAGAUCGAGGAAUAG